UUUUCUUAAAAAGGAUAACUAUGAGCUUAAAAAAAAUAAUUUUUAAGCGAAUUGCAGAAACGUUCUUGAUGUAAGAAGCAUCUUUCCAUUUUAAGGAUGAAAUGUGGACAACUGAACCCAAAAUCGUCUAUGAACUAUUUACAUAACUAGGUAACUUAGAAAACUACAAUUACACUAGACUUGCUUUGAAGUCUCCUUUUUCAAAAAGUCUCUACUAAAUGACACCAGCCAUCCUUUUAGGACCCAGCAGAAGCGCAGGUGUUCUCUAGCCCGAGGACUCAUGGGAGGCCGGUUGGACCAGCCUCCGCCGCGGUUCCUCUCUUCCAGAGUAUUUGCCGUCAUUCACGCCUCCGUCAAAUUGCUGAUGCACGCCCCUCCACCCCCUGAUCUCCACCCUAAACCAUCUUUGUGAGGAGAACCCAAUUUGAUCCCCACUUCCAGCCCUAAACGAGCUUCCACUCAGGGCACACAUGGAACUUGUCUUUUCCGCUACCUCUCAUUCCUCUUCCGGGUCAGGCCAGCCAGGCCUGGGUUCCGGUCUUGCGCACUAGGCUCCGAACGCGAGGCCGGCGGCCCCGUUGCCAUGGGAGCGGGUGGUGGGGAGCCAGUGGGACUACGCGGGGCCGGACCUUCGGGGCUACAGAAUGGGCUGAGGUGGUGGCGGCUGCCCGGACGAGGCCGUCUGCCGGUCGUGGGGUGCGACACCGAUCCGAAGCAGGGCUUAAGAAUGGAUAAGUAUGAAACUCUUGGAAAAGUGGGAGAAGGAAGUUAUGGAACAGUCAUGAAGUGUAAACAUAAGGAUACCGGGCAGAUAGUGGCCAUUAAGAUAUUUUAUGAGACACCAGAAAAAUCUGUCAACAAAAUUGCAUCGAGAGAAAUAAAGUUUCUAAAGCAAUUUCAUCAUGAAAACCUGGUCAAUCUGAUUGAAGUUAUUAGACAGAAAAAGAAAAUUCAUUUGGUAUUUGAAUUUAUUGAUCACACUAUAUUAGAUGAGUUACAACAUUAUUGUCAUGGACUAGAGAGUAAACGACUUAGAAAAUACCUCUUCCAAAUCAUUCGAGCAAUUGAAUAUCUUCACAAUAAUAACAUCAUUCAUCGAGAUAUAAAACCUGAGAAUAUUUUAGUAUCCCAGACAGGAAUUAUUAAACUCUGUGAUUUCGGAUUUGCACGAACGCUAGCAGCUCCUGGGGAUAUUUAUACUGACUAUGUAGCCACACGCUGGUAUAGAGCUCCAGAAUUAGUAUUAAAAGAUACCUCUUAUGGAAAACCUGUGGAUAUCUGGGCUUUGGGCUGUAUGAUCAUUGAGAUGGCCACUGGAAAUCCCUUUCUUCCUAGCAGCUCUGAUUUGGAUUUACUUCAUAAAAUUGUUUUAAAAGUAGGCAAUUUGACACCUCACUUGCAGAAUUUCUUUUCCAAGAGUCCUAUUUUUGCAGGGGUGGUCCUUCCUCAAGUUCAACACCCUAAGAAUGCAAGAAAAAAAUACCCAAAGCUAAAUGGAUUGUUAGCAGAUAUAGUUCAUGCUUGUUUACAAAUUGAUCCUGCUGAGAGAAUAUCAUCUGCUGAUCUUUUACAUCAUGAGUAUUUUACUAGAGAUGGAUUUGUUGAAAAAUUCAUACCAGAACUAAGAGCUAAAUUACUACAAGAAGCAAAAGUCAAUUCAUUCAUAAAGUCAAAGGAGAAUUCUAAAGAAAAUGAACUUAUGAAAGAUGAAAGAAAAACAGUGUAUACUGAUACACUUCUACGUACUUCACUUUUGGGAAAGGAAAUGGAAAAAGAGAAAAAGCUCAAGGAAGUAAAAACCAGAGUUAUUAAAGGCAAAGGAGGAAAAGUAGAUACCUUAGAACCAAAAAAGACAGAGUAUGAAAGUGGACAUUGUCAAUCAGAUGCAAUUGAAAAUGCUCAUACUGUGUCUCAAAAUAUAAAAUCUGUAAUCAAUGAAUCACCAAACCCUGCCAAUCCCAGCACUAGCUCUAUUGGCAUGAAAGACAAUCCACAUGCUGGAGGUAAUACGAUGAUGCCACCCAUCAACCUAACUAGCAAUAACUUGAUGGCUUCCAAUCUCAAUUUAAAUCUCUCCCACUCCAAUUCAAGGUUAACUGAAAGAGCAAAAAAGAGAUAUACUCCUUCACAAUCUAUUGGACACGUUGUGGCUAAUAACAGGCAAGAGGAUACAGGUCCCACUCAAAGCCAAAUGGAGAAAGGUAUAUUUAGUGAGCGGACAAGUCAAAGUGACCAAAUGGCAAGUGGAAGUAAAAGGAAGCUGAAUUUCUCCAGACCUGAUAGGAAAGAGUUCCAUUUCCCAAAAUUGCCUUUCCUAAUACAAUCAAAUGAAAUGAAAAGAACAGAAGUUAAACAGAUAAAAGUGCCAAAGAGGGAAUCAAAGAAAACAGAUUCAUCUAAAAUACCAACUUUACUUAAUAUGGACCAAAAUCAAGGAAAACAAGAGAAUACAGGAAAUGCACAAACUGAAAAGAAGAAGAACCUGCCAGAUGUAGAGUAAAAAAUGCAGCAGCUGAAAAUUCAGGGAAUCCCAGAAUCACUGAUGGAGAUGGCCAUUGUUCGAAGGAGAAUUUGAAGAGGAGCAGAUUUUUUGGGGGUAGCAUCUUUUAAAUCUUAAAAUCCAAAUUGGCAAGUCUUCCCUUUUUAUUUUAUAUACAAUAGAAAUGAUGUAACGAGCUGUAAGUAAGCCAUUCUUCUGCAUUAGCAUCAUCCAACUUCAUUUUGUUAGCAAACCAUUCACUGUUUUCAUCUUUCUUCUAAGAAUUCUGUUGAUAUGAUGCUCUGAUUUGGAAUUAAAGUCAUCUGUCUUCCUGCCUC